GCGCAUUCCCGACCCUCCGGGCGGUGGCGGCGGCGGCGGCGGGGCCCGGCGGGGCCGGGGCGGGACCCCACGAUGCCGCAGCUGGAACCGACGGGGGGAGACGACCUGGGGGCCCCCGACGAGCUCAUCGCCUUCCAGGACGAGGGCGAGGAGCAGGACAAGGGCGCGGGGCGCGGCUCGGCCCACGGGGACCUGGACGAGCUCAAGUCCUCGCUGGUCAGCGAGACCGAGAACCGGGGGGGCCCCGGCCCCGUGGUCGGCCCCGGCCCCGAGGUGAGGCGAGGGGCGGCGGGGAGCCGGGGGGAGGCGCCCCCCGCCCGGCCCCGCUCCGCUCACCGCCUCUCCCCGCAGGCGGAGCGGCCCCCGCCGCCCCGGGAAAGUUUCCAGAAGCCGCGGGACUCUCUGGCAGAAGUGGUCAGACGGCAGCAAGAUGGGGGUUUCUUUAAGGGCCCCCCCUACCCCGGCUACCCCUUCCUGAUGCUCCCGGAGCUGGGCAGCCCCUACCUCGCCAACGGAGCCCUCUCCCCCGGCGGAGCCCGCACCUACCUGCAGAUGAAGUGGCCGCUGCUGGACGUGCCGGCCGGGGCCACGCUCAAGGACAGCCGCUCGCCCUCGCCCGCCCACCUGUCCAACAAGGUGCCCGUGGUGCAGCACGCCCAUCACAUGCACCCGCUGACGCCGCUCAUCACCUACAGCAGCGAGCCCUUCCCGCCGGGGUCACCGCCCGGACACCUGUCCCCCGAGAUCGACCCCAAAACGGGGAUCCCACGGCCGCCGCACCCCCCCGAGCUGCCCCCCUACUACCCGCUGUCGCCAGGAGCCGUGGGGCAGCUGCCGCACCCGCUGGGCUGGCUCGUGCCACAACAGGGACAGCCCGUGUACUCCAUUCCUGCUGGUGGCUUCCGGCACCCCUACCCCGCCCUGGCCAUGAAUGCCUCCAUGUCCAGUUUGAUGUCCAGCCGCUUCUCCCCGCACAUGGUGCCGCCGCCCGCGCACGGGCUGCACCCCUCGGGCAUCCCUCACCCCACCAUCGUCUCGCCCAUCGUCAAGCAGGAGCCCUCCCAGCCCAGCUCCAGCCCCGCAGGCAGCUCGAAAUCCCCCGUGGCAGUGAAGAAGGAGGAGGAGAAGAAGCCCCACAUCAAGAAGCCUCUCAACGCCUUCAUGCUGUACAUGAAGGAGAUGAGGGCCAAGGUGGUGGCCGAGUGCACGCUGAAGGAGAGCGCGGCCAUCAACCAGAUCCUGGGCCGGCGGUGGCACUCGCUCUCCCGGGAGGAGCAGGCCAAGUACUACGAGCUGGCACGGAAGGAGCGGCAGCUGCACUCGCAGCUCUACCCGACCUGGUCGGCGCGGGACAACUACGGCAAGAAGAAGAAGCGGAAGCGGGAGAAGCUGGCGCAGCAGCAGCAGCAGCAGCAGCAGCAGCAGCAGAGCCACGAGGCCGACAGCUCGCUGCCCGCCAAGAGCAAGAAGCCCUGCGUGCCCUACCUGCCGGCCGAGAAGCCGUGCGCCAGCCCGGCCUCGUCCCACGGCAGCAUGCUGGACUCGCCGGCCACGCCGUCGGCCGCGCUGGCCUCGCCCGCCGCGCCGGCCGCCACGCACUCGGAGCAGGCCCAGCCGCUCUCGCUCACCACCAAGCCGGAGGCCCGGGCCCAGCUCGCCGUCCUCGCCAGCAAAGCCUCCUCCUCCUCCUCUUCCUCCUCCUCCUCCUCCGGCCUCGGCAGCCCGCCCUCGCUGCUCUCCAGGCCCGUCCCCUUCGGCGCGGUGACCCCCGCGGCCCUGCUGGCCGCCCCCGGCGCCGUGCCGGCCGCCCUGGCCGUGCUGCAGACGCAGCCGCUGUCCCUGGUCACCAAACCCGUGGGAUGUUUCAGGGUUGGGAGUGCUUUGGGGCUGAGGGGUGUUUUGGGGUCAGGAGGUGUUUUGGGAUCAGGAGGUGUUUCGGGGGCUGGGUGUGUUUUGGGGUCAGGAGGAGCUUUGGAGCUGAGGGUGUUUCGGGGUCUGGGGGUGUUUUGGGACCAGGAGGAGCUUUGGGGCAGGGUUUUUGGGGCCGGGGUGUGCGGGGUUCCUGGAGGCAGUGUCCCGUCCCUCCCGCAGUACCUGCAGAUGAAGUGGCCGCUGCUGGACGUGCCGGCCGGGGCCACGCUCAAGGACAGCCGCUCGCCCUCGCCCGCCCACCUGUCCAACAAGGUGCCCGUGGUGCAGCACGCCCAUCACAUGCACCCGCUGACGCCGCUCAUCACCUACAGCAGCGAGCCCUUCCCGCCGGGGUCACCGCCCGGACACCUGUCCCCCGAGAUCGACCCCAAAACGGGGAUCCCACGGCCGCCGCACCCCCCCGAGCUGCCCCCCUACUACCCGCUGUCGCCAGGAGCCGUGGGGCAGCUGCCGCACCCGCUGGGCUGGCUCGUGCCACAGCAGGGACAGCCCGUGUACUCCAUUCCUGCUGGUGGCUUCCGGCACCCCUACCCCGCCCUGGCCAUGAAUGCCUCCAUGUCCAGUUUGAUGUCCAGCCGCUUCUCCCCGCACAUGGUGCCGCCGCCCGCGCACGGGCUGCACCCCUCGGGCAUCCCUCACCCCACCAUCGUCUCGCCCAUCGUCAAGCAGGAGCCCUCCCAGCCCAGCUCCAGCCCCGCAGGCAGCUCGAAAUCCCCCGUGGCAGUGAAGAAGGAGGAGGAGAAGAAGCCCCACAUCAAGAAGCCUCUCAACGCCUUCAUGCUGUACAUGAAGGAGAUGAGGGCCAAGGUGGUGGCCGAGUGCACGCUGAAGGAGAGCGCGGCCAUCAACCAGAUCCUGGGCCGGCGGUGGCACUCGCUCUCCCGGGAGGAGCAGGCCAAGUACUACGAGCUGGCGCGGAAGGAGCGGCAGCUGCACUCGCAGCUCUACCCGACCUGGUCGGCGCGGGACAACUACGGCAAGAAGAAGAAGCGGAAGCGGGAGAAGCUGGCGCAGCAGCAGCAGCAGCAGCAGCAGCAGCAGCAGCAGCAGAGCCACGAGGCCGACAGCUCGCUGCCCGCCAAGAGCAAGAAGCCCUGCGUGCCCUACCUGCCGGCCGAGAAGCCGUGCGCCAGCCCGGCCUCGUCCCACGGCAGCAUGCUGGACUCGCCGGCCACGCCGUCGGCCGCGCUGGCCUCGCCCGCCGCGCCGGCCGCCACGCACUCGGAGCAGGCCCAGCCGCUCUCGCUCACCACCAAGCCGGAGGCCCGGGCCCAGCUCGCCGUCCUCGCCAGCAAAGCCUCCUCCUCCUCCUCCUCCUCCUCCUCCUCCUCCUCCGGCCUCGGCAGCCCGCCCUCGCUGCUCUCCAGGCCCGUCCCCUUCGGCGCGGUGACCCCCGCGGCCCUGCUGGCCGCCCCCGGCGCCGUGCCGGCCGCCCUGGCCGUGCUGCAGACGCAGCCGCUGUCCCUGGUCACCAAACCCGCUGACUGAGGCACAGAGCUCGCCCCCACCCCCCGCCCCCUCCCCGCUGUACAUUGCAGAAGCCACAAUCAAGAUUCGAACGCAGCCAAAACCAUUAUUGGUCAAUAUUUGACCCUUUCUGAACUCUCUGGGAGCAGACUCUGGAGAAAGGGGCUUUCUGCUCGGAGCUGCUGCCAGCAGUCAACCUAAAGACUGUUUUUAUUAAAAAAAAGAGGAAAAAAAAAAAGGAAAAAAAAUGAUGGAAUAGACCCUCCACAAGGUGCCGACGAUGGGGAUCCCUGUGGGAGGAAUGAGUGCCCGUCGCUGCCGUGGGGCACGGGGAUGGCCCCGCACGGUGAUGCCAGCACCAAACACGGCAGGCGUUGACUGGAACUGGCACUCCAUCCCGGAGCCAGGAGCAGGAACGCCUCCAGCUGCUCCCAAAAUCCUGCUCCCACGCCCAGCUCUGUCCUGGCAAGGAGCUGGUCCUGCCCCGGGGAUGCUGCUCCGUCGGUGCUGCUCCUGCCCGCGGUCCUGCUGGGGUGGGCAGGGCCUGGGGCUGAGCCCUGGGAGGGGUUGUGUUUUUAUCACCUCAAAAUCCUGUUAUUUUUCACAAAAGGAAAUAAAACUACAGCUGCAGCUCCCGGUGUGAGUGUGGUCUGUGUGGGAAGCGCUCGCCACUUUUCCUCUGCCACCUUCCUGGGAAAUACCUCGGGAUGGAGCUCCAGUCCUGCUC